CUAUGGGCCCCGUAGAAGCGGAUCCUGAAUAUUUACUCAUUGUAGAGGCAAAUAAUUUAGCUGUUGAAAUCGAUAAUGAAAUAAGUAUUAUUCACAAAUUCACACGAGAUAAAUAUUCAAAAAGGUUUCCUGAGCUUGAGUCUUUAGUUCCAGUUCCUCUGCAAUAUGUAUCAACAGUGAAGGAAUUAGGAAAUGAUUUAGACAAAGCUAAAAAUAGCGAAAUUUUACAAGAAGUUUUAACUCCUGCUACUAUUAUGGUUGUCAGUGUUACAGCAUCUACCACACAAGGGCAGCUUUUGAGUGAUGACGAUUUGAAAGUGAUAUUUGAAGCCUGUGAUAUGGCUAUUGAACUGGAUAAUUUUAAACAAGAAAUAUAUGCAUUUGUUGAGUCUCGGAUGUCAUUUAUUGCGCCUAAUUUAUCAGUGAUAGUUGGAGCAUCAACUGCAGCAAAACUAAUGGGUGUUGCUGGUGGUUUGAGUAAUUUAGCGAAAAUGCCUGCUUGUAAUAUUCAAGUUCUGGGUUCACAGCGAAAGACAUUAGCUGGAUUUUCUACAACUGCCAUUAUGCCCCAUACAGGAUUUGUGUAUAUGAGUGAUAUAGCACAAAACACUCCUGCAGAUCUGAGAAGAAAAGCUGCCAGGCUUGUUGCAGCAAAAUGUGCUAUAGCUGCUCGAGUGGAUGGUUUUCACGAAUCCGUUGAUGGUAGUGUUGGCCACUCUCUACGAGAAGAUAUUGAAAGAAAAUUAGAUAAAUUGCAGGAGCCUCCACCAGUAAAACAAGUGAAACCACUCCCAGCACCCAUUGAUCAGCCCCACAAAAAGAGAGGAGGCAGAAGAGUAAGAAAGAUGAAAGAAAGGUAUGCGAUAACAGAAUUCCGAAAGCAAGCUAACCGGAUGAACUUUGCUGAGAUAGAGGAAGAUGCUUAUCAAGAUGAUUUAGGCUUCAGCCUUGGACAAGUUGGGAAGGCUGGCACUGGACGUAUAAGAGCACCUCAGAUUGAUGAAAAAACAAAAGUUCGAAUAUCCAAAACAUUGCAGAAAAAUCUACAAAGACAACAAGUUUGGGGAGGAAGUACAUCAGUUAGGAGACAAAUAUCAGGAACAGCUUCAAGUGUUGCAUUUACGCCUCUGCAGGGCUUGGAAAUUGUCAAUCCUCAAGCUGCAGAAAAGAAAAUUAAUGAAGCAACAGCAAAAUAUUUCUCCAAUACAUCAGGUUUCAUCAAAGUCGAAAAGAAAGGAUAACAUUGCAGACUUUUAAUCUGUGGACAUGUCACUGUAUAUAUUCUAACUUGUAAUU